UGAUUCAUGGUUCUUCAUGGAACAAUAAAAGCCAAUACAGAAACUUUAUUUUUAAGAAUGUAGUACAGUUUUUGUACAAUUUUUCCUGCAGUUGUACUAAUGAUGUGAUUGAUGGGUUAGCGUUAUCAGGUUAGUUUGAUAAUGUAUAAAAGUGUGAGCAUCACUAAUUUUCUCAUCUCUUCUGUUCUCCCACCACAGGCUCCUCCUCCCCAGCCCCUCCUCGCUCGGCUCUCUCUCCUCCUCUCCCUCCCCCUGCUCCUCUAUGCUCAGUUCGGUGUGUGUCUCCUCUUUCAAAGGGCGCAAGGGUGGGAACAAGUCGUCCAACAAAGCAUGUUACAGCGCAGACAUGACUUGUUCGUCAGACAGCGAGAAAAUAGUGAUAAACUGCGGGGGGAUUCGGCACGAGACGUACCGCAGCACACUGAAGACGCUGCCCGGGACCCGCUUGUCCUGGCUCACCGAGCCAGAUGCGUUCAGUAACUUUGACUAUGACCCCAAAUCCGACGAGUUUUUCUUUGACCGUCACCCCAAAACCUUUGCUUUCAUCCUCAACUAUUACCGCACAGGGAAGUUGCAUUGUCCCAACGAUGUCUGCGGUCCUCUCUUUGAGGAGGAGCUCGCGUUCUGGGGUAUCGACGAGACGGACGUGGAGGCUUGCUGCUGGAUGAACUACCGACAGCAUCGGGACGCCGAGGAAGCGCUGGACAGCUUCGAGGCGCCCGAGCCGGACCUGCCAGAGGACGACCCGGCGCUAACGGGUGGAGCGGACGGGGACUUGAAGAGGUUGUGUCUGCAGGAGGAUGGCCGCAACCGCAGCUGGUGGAGUAUCUGGCAGCCCCGCAUCUGGGCACUGUUUGAGGACCCCUACUCCUCCAAAUACGCCAGGUAUGCGGCGUUCGGCUCGCUCCUGUUCAUCCUCAUCUCCAUCUCAACAUUUUGCUUGGAGACACACGAGGCCUUCAACACCAUCUACAAUAAGACAGAGAAUGUGACGGUGGGGAACGUCACUCGGGAGGAGAUUGUGUAUGAGGUAGUGACUGACGAUUGGCUGACCUACGUGGAGGGCGUAUGCGUCAUCUGGUUCACCAUCGAGGUGUUUGCCCGCGUCAUCUUCUGCCCGGACAAGGCUGAGUUCUUCAAGAGCUCGCUGAACAUCAUCGACUUUGUAGCCAUCCUGCCCUUUUACCUGGAGAUGGCGCUGAGCGGCCUCUCUUCUAAAGCGGCGAAAGACGUGCUGGGCUUUUUGCGUGUGGUGCGAUUCGUCCGAAUCCUGCGAAUCUUCAAGCUCACGCGUCAUUUCGUGGGGCUGAGAGUGCUGGGUCACACGCUCCGUGCCAGCACCAAUGAGUUCUUGCUCCUCAUCAUCUUCCUCGCUCUGGGGGUGCUCAUCUUCGCCACCAUGAUCUACUACGCCGAGCGCAUCGGCGCCGACCCGGCCGACCCGACGGCUAGCAAACACACCACCUUUAAAAACAUCCCCAUCGGCUUCUGGUGGGCAGUGGUCACAAUGACAACACUGGGCUAUGGUGACAUGUAUCCAGAGACAUGGUCUGGUAUGUUAGUGGGUGCCCUGUGUGCCCUGGCAGGCGUGCUGACCAUCGCCAUGCCUGUGCCCGUCAUUGUAAACAACUUCGGCAUGUACUACUCUCUGGCAAUGGCCAAGCAGAAGCUGCCCAAGAAGAAGAACAAGCACAUCCCGCGGGCUCCACAGCCUGGAUCGCCCAACUACUGCAAGCCAGAUGCCUUGGCCAUGGCCACUGCCUCGCCACAGAGGAUCAUGGGUAAUGUGCUGGGCAAUAUGGUGGUCUCUGGAAGCAUGGCAGGAGACUGUCCUCUUGCACAGGAGGAAAUCAUAGAGAUUAACAGAGCAGACUCAAAACAGAAUGGAGAUGCCGCAAACGCAGCUCUGGCUAAUGAGGACUGUCCCACCAUAGAUCAGGUGCUGGGGCCAGAUGACAGGAGUCCGGCCACCGGUGGGUUGGGGACAUGCACGGGGCGUGAACGUUACCCCCAUGAUAGGGCCUGCUUCCUUCUCAGUACCGGAGAGUUCCGCACCACAGACAGCAAUGUCAGGAAAGCUGCUGGUUACGAGAAGUCCCGCAGCCUCAAUAACAUCUCUGGGAUGACAGGGGCCCCCCUGCGCCUGACCCCUAUCACCCCCAUCAACAACCCACCCUACGAGCCCUACGAAACCCCUGGCCCCCUGCGCCGCUGCCGAUCCCCCAUACCCUCCAUUCUGUAGCACAUCUUAGGGGACAACGAAAAAAUACGCACCAUCACACCGCAAUAGUAUUAAUAAACACAAUAACGAUGCUAAGUAUUCACACCUCUGCUCCUCCAUUGACUGGACAGGGUGGGGGUACACAGCACUCUUUUUAAUAUGUCAUGCCUCAAAGGGAGUGGGAUGAAUUUGUUUAGGGAUUUAGAGCUUUAAGUACUAAAAUGACUUCAUCGCAUAUACUUCAGGCAAUAUUUCAGACAGGCAACUAAAAACAAUUAUAUGCUGUAACGUAAGCGGAUUAUGCCUUAUCAACGAUGAAAAAAAGAAGCACUGAGUAUUAUUAGGAUAAAACUCCUCACUGGUCCAUAGACAGCGACGAGCACCCUGUAGGAAAUCUACCCCUGUAGUUGAAUGACAGUAGUUAACUUUUUCUCAUGUUCCUUCCUGAUUGCUGGUUGUAUAUAACAAAAAAAAAAAAAAAAAAAAAACACGAGACUGUGAUCCAGCAGGCUUAUUCAUUGAGUACUAGUCACUGAGAUCAGCUAUGAUACACCAUAAUAGGCCUUGAAAAUCCACUUCAUAUCAAAGCUUGGAAUGAUAAAGGUCAUAGGUCACAAACAACAUGCAAGUAGUUCAAGUGCAUGCUAGAAAAGACGUCAGUUAGGCAAGUAGAAUAUAUCUAAACUCCCAAUCCCCUUUAACUGCUAUGAGGAUAUGAAAAUAAACGCACCAUAUGCUGGACUGAUUUGAACUUCUAAUUAAGCCCUGCAGUAGAGAAUUAAUGGAUUGGAUCAUUUUGGCUGAUUUGACUGUGAUGAAGGAGUUUAUGGUGAUUCGGGCCGUAGAACAUGAUGAGUAUUAUGAUUAUGAUAAACACAAGGACCGUCUUUAAUAACACACUAAGUACUUCCUACAGCAACAUUUGUUGUCACCUGAUAUUUUAAAAUAGAAGUCACACCGCAGUUAUUAAACAUGCUCUUUAUUUUGGACAAAGAAAAAUGCUUAAACCAUUCUUGUGCAAUAUCAACUAUUAUGAUGACCUCUGACCCUGAGAAGCUGGAGAUAAAUCCUGCAAACUUUAACUUUAACUGUUGUAAACUAACAGAGAGACCGAGAACUGAUCAUUAUUUAAAAAAAGAAGCUAUUUUUGUACUAAGCAUUUGGACGGUGCGAUUCGGAUCGGGGUUUGGAGUUGACAUUUUGGGAGGACAGGAUAUCGUGCUGUUGCAUGGAUAUUAAUCUACAGUUAACAUUUUGCUUUUUUAUAUUUUGACUCUCUGCAUAUUCAACUUCAAGUACCACGAAAUGAAAAGAGCAGUGGUCUGGACAAAUGGCGAAAAAAAUAAAAUAAGUAAGGAGGAGCCAUUCCUAUUAAGGGCCUAUAACCUUCUGCACUUCUUCGGGACCCUUUUCAGUUUGUAUACUAGUGCAUGAAGGAACUCUCUUUAAAAUAUAUCCUUUGCUUAUUAUGGUAUUUCCUCAUUAAUAUGAAGACAUAUCAAGCUGAACUGCACUCCUCACUGCAUAUCCGCAUAUAUCCUGGGGCUGUGGUGAACCAGACAGUGGCCUCAAAGUUUCCCUACAAAGGGCAAGAAUUAGCUGGACCUUUUCAUCAUCCUCAUCAUCACUGGCAUUACCCUCCCUCGUCAUAAUCAUUUUCUGAUUACUGUUAUUCCUAUAAUUUGAAUGCAGUAGAAAAUCAGUUCAGUUUGUUUUCUCUUUGGUCCUCUUCUUUUCUUUCUCUGUUUUUUAUUUUUAUUUUUUUAUGUUUUUAUUUUUACCUGCUCUGUCUCUUGGAUGCUGACCUUCGUUCCAAUAUAAAGGAAGGAACAUUGAGUGGAUGCUGGAUUGACAGCGGUCAGUAAGAGAAGAAAAAGAAAAGAUGGCAAAAUGAACUCUCUGAAAUGCAGAUAUAUGAGCCAUAUUAGCGACAAUCUGCGGCAUAUUUGAGUGCACAGAUGCAAUACACACCUCUGCUGAAGAUAUUUCUGCAAUGGCAGCUCACAAAGCUUCUUGUCUUUUUCUCCAUGUGAAACAACAGAAAAACUGGGGUAUAAAUGAUAAAACUUUGUCAGAAAGCAAAGUAGCAUUAUUUAUUUAGAUGAUUUCAUUGUCUUGCAACUGAAAUAUUUCACUUACACAUUUAAUAUUUAAUAAUUUGUUAAUUUACUACAAUUCAUCUGUAAUCAUUCUUCUGAAUUAAGCAAUAUAUUUAUUUUACUGUUUAUUUAUUUGCAUUCAGGUUUUUUAUUUUCAUGUUUUUGCUAUUGCCACAUUACUUGUUACACUCCUCUUUCCCUUCUCUCUUCUUUCCUGUUUAAAGAAGUUCACUGCUAGAGUGAAGAAAGCCAUGGAGGUUGUUGAUUACAUGGAGCAUCUGCAUGGCAGCAGCAAACUAAUGUGUGGCACUGUGCUUUGAUGAGUAAAACGCCAAUCAUCAUUCAUCUGCAUGCAAGUGUGCUGCACUGCUUUAUGUACAUGCUUCAUAUAUACACUGAAGACAUCAGGACAUUUAGCAGGGACCAUCUAGUAGAUUUAUGCUACGCCACAUGUGUGUUCAAUGUUUUAGGGAGAUUCUCCCCUUUUUUUUUUUUUUUUUUUGGUUUGAACCAGCAGGUUAUUUAUCCAUUCAAAGACAAAAUGCAGUAACUACAUCACACAGUUUGUAGUGACGCUGAGCAUAGUUGCGUCAAACCCAUCCAACACACAAGUUCUAUAUAGUUAUUAUAGUUCAGGAGAGCUGAUAUUGCUCAUAACUUAAUUUGAAAAUAUACAUUUACUGCGUUUUGUCUUUGCAUGGUGUAAUUGUUUGAGGCAAAUGAUCCAUCAUAGAUUUUUAAUUGUUUUAAAAGGUGGCUAUUAAAAAUUUAUGUUACGAGGUACCUUGUUAAACAAACAAGUGCAAGUGUGCAUUAUUUAUAAUCUUAAAUUCAGACAAAUGACCUGUUAUAUUUAGAAGGAGAGAAAGAGGAAGACUAAAAUGUCUGUAUGAUUCAGGUCCAGCCAAAACAUUGUUUUAUUUCUCACCUUGUGUCUCCUCCAUGUCCUUCUUCUCCUCUUCAUCUCUCUUUUUUUUCCUUUCUGUGUUUUUAAUGCUCUUUAUAAGGGUGUAUAGUUCAGGUCUUAAUGAUAUGUGCAGUUUUGAAUGAUGACUUUGUAAUUUCCACAUGCAUGGAUUUCUAUUGCGAGCAAUAAGGAAAUUAUAAGUCUAUGUGUUUUGAUAAGAAAAUGUAUUUUAACAUAAAGGUUUAUGGACAUGUUUGUUGAUACGAGUGUGUACAUAUGGAUGUGCAUAUUCAUAUGCACAUGCAUAUUAAUGAUUUGCAUGAAACAAAUGUACAAACCUUUUUCCAUUGAUGUUUUGUUACCAAUCUGUCAUUUUUGACUUGAUUGCUGUGGGGGGUGGGGCUUAGUUUUGCAUGCUAAGACGCUAUUGGGUGGCAGAGACCAUUACAACUGUUGUACUGAAUGUGGGGUUUUGAAUGUGCUUUAACUAUGUACCUGUUUAAGUUUUCUUUUCCUUGUUAGACAUCAAAAGCAUUGCAGAUUGUCAUUAUAUGAUUUAUUCUUUUUCAUCUUUUCACAGAGAACUAUUCUGAAAGCCCAGUGCUUAUCAGAUAUAUGCAAAACGAAGCAGUAACUGUGAACUAAGACUAGAACAGAAAAUCCACUUCUUCCUUCACAAAUACAUUCCCAAAAUGCACACCUGAGCCCCCGAACCUGUAUCAGCUCCCGUACAAGUCCAUUUUAGUUUGUAUUCUCAUCUCAUGACAUCGUGCAUUUUGUUUAAUAGUCCUAGUUUUGCAUUAUUAAUGAGCAGAUUAGUUGUUCUCUUCCCCUUUUCUGUUGUGUUAUCCUCAGCUCUAGCCCCCUCUGCUGGUUUUUACGGGGGAUGAACUAAUGUAGCACUCGCUGUUGUAGAUCAUUAGCAGCACUCUUUGGUCACUUUAGAGGCUAAGAAUACAAAGCCCUUUAUGUUUAGCCCUUAAUGUUUACCUGCUAUAUCUAAGAUUAAAGGAAAGAUUCUUUAGGCAUUUAUUUGAACAGACUCUGAAGGAUUGAUUUCCUGUUCUCUCUUGUGUCACUAAACACUGAUCAGAGCAGAGAGAAAGAAGCUAAUGCUAAGAAGUCUGUUGACUGCAGCAAUGUAUGUUUCCACACAUUCAAGAUAGCUAGCACUUAGCAUCCUAGUGCAUUUUGUGGUUUUGCUGUGUAAAGUCUAUCUGCAAAGGCGUAAUCAGAGUGGAUGGGAUGACUCCACUUUUAUCCCUUUAUCUCAGUUCUGAAGUUAUAAUGCGAAAGUGACAGGCCUGCCACUUGUUAGCUUAGUUGGCAAAUGCCCUGGUAAGCAGAGGCUGCAUGCGAUCACAGAGGACAAUGUAAAUAGUUCUCCUGUACACAGACUGCAUGUGGAGUUAACAGCACAGAAACUAUUGUUUGUUUCAAAUGUGGCAUUUGAAACGGGGAGAGCAGGUCGAGUUUAAAUUACUUCGCGACAUUAACCAGAAUCCUCUUUGUUUCUGACUUACGCUCCCUGUCACUACUCAGGUAAAUCUCUUUUUGUCCGUCUAUACCAGUGCUUCCAAAAUGAUGUCAUUCGAAAA